AUGGCGAAAGAAACCAAGGAUCUGGAAGCCGCCAUCCACGACCAGACAAACCUGGUACCAUUACGGGAGCGCUUGACGAUAUUCUUCACCCUCGCAUUCUGCAUGUUUUUAUGCUAUGUCGACCAAAAUGGCAUCACCGUUCUUCUGCCCAGCAUCGCGAGAGACUUGAAUGCUGCAAACACUAUCGCUUGGGCUGGCACGUCGGCCCUCAUCGCGAAUACUGUAUUUCAGGUACUCUAUGGCCGUCUGUCUGAUCUCUUUGGUCGUAAGAAAAUUUUCAUCGGGUGUGUCUUAUUGUUGGGUGCCUCGGACUUGGUAUGUGGCUUGACACCUAACAAGGAGGUCCUGUACGUCUUCCGCGGUAUAUCUGGCAUCGCCAACGGUGGUAUCGUGGCUCUGGUCAACAUGAUCAUGUCAGACGUCGUGACUCUACGACAAAGAGGCAAAUAUCAGGGUAUCAUCGGGUCUUUCAUCGGAUUUGGCAAUGCCGCAGGCCCCUUGAUCGCCGCUGCAUUCACUCAGCAUUCGACCUGGCGAGGUCUUUUCUACCUUAACGCACCUUUGUGUGUUGUCGCUGCGUGUCUCGCUGCAUACACUUUGCCACAGAGCAUGCCCAAGGUCAACUUCAGGGAGACUAUCGCUAAGAUCGACUGGGUUGGUCUCUUCUUCAGCACCACUGCUAUCAUCCUUAUCCUCAUCGCCAUAUCCGAUGGUGGUCACGGUACACCAUGGAACUCUGCUGAAACUAUCUCGAUGCUGGUGGUUGGCGGAGUCUGUGCGAUAGCCUUCGUCAUCGUUGAGUGGAAAUUUGCAAAGCUUCCCAUGAUGCCACUGGAGAUGUGGAAGAAUCCGUCAGUGGCAUGCAUGCUUGUGCAGUCAUUUUUGCUCGGUAUGAAUUACUACUCCCUCAUAUACUAUCUGCCACUGUAUUACCAAAAUGUUGGUGGAUACGAUGUCAUGAGGUCAGCGGUCCUCAUUCUUCCUCUGGUUCUGGUACAAGCGACGUUCUCUGCGCUUGGUGGGCAAUACAUGUCCUUUUUCGGCCACUAUAUCGAGGUCAUAUUCGCUGGCUUCGUUGUUUGGACUCUGGGCUCAGGCUUGUUGGUUUCUCUCGACGCCAACUCUCCCGUCGGCCACAUUUGCGGUUUCAUCAUCAUGGUUGGGUUUGGUUGCGGAUGUACAUUCCAGACAACCAACACAGCCAUGCAAGCACAUUGUCCCAAGUCACAACGCUCGGUCGUCAUCUCUAAUCGUAUGCUGUUGCGUCAAUUGGGCGGUGCAGUCGGCCUGGCGGUUUGCUCGGCUAUUUCAGGCAACGUUCUACAGUCAAGCCUGCCGGCACAUCUCCAAUACAUCGCCGACUCCACGUUCGCCGUGCCUGACCUGAACACUGUCAGCGCUGCCGAUCGAACAAGCAUCAGUACGGCAUAUGCAAACGCAAGCCGUACUGUCUUUAUCUUCUGCGUGGCGGUCAUUGGAAUAGCGCUCUUGCUCACCUUCUUCGUCACUGACAAGGGAUUGGUGAGAGAAGAAGACGUUGCUGAAGAAAAGGUCUGCGAGGCAGAAGUGGGACAUUCAGAUCAAGAUUCAGAGAAUGAGACCAGUGAUGAGAAGAAACCCAGUCUCGUCGCACGAUUCAAGACAUGGAGAGAUUCGUUGGUCAAGAGCGAAGAUGCCGCUAAGGAUAUUAAGAGUCCGCCUAUACCACUAAAACCCUUGAAUAGAGAGGAGGUCCCGGCGGAUCCCUCGUCAAAAAUUUUUCUAGAUACUAAAUAG